AUGGUCAAUGUCAAGGAAUCUCCGUUCUCUCUAAACGUCGCUUUAUUCUUGGCUGCAGUUUAUUGUGGAUUCUUCGGCGCGUCGAUGGCAAUAUUUGGACUCCAUUUCAUCUAUCGUUAUCUUGUGGCUUCUGGAAGUAAGCACUUGGAAAAGUUUAAUAUCUGGAAGACGUCUUUCUUUCUACUGGCUCCUGUAGUUUAUGGUAUUUUAUGGGGAUGGGUCGCAUAUUGUCCAGUAGGGCAGAACCCGGCAACUGGGGAGCAUAUCAGAAGUAACAUCCUGGAAACAUUUGAUUUGCAAGUGGAGGAUACUGUAUACAUUGGACCUUAUUUCUAUCAAAAACAACCGAAUGGUACAUAUGAAAUAGAUAUGCAAUCGAUUAUUGGAAUGUCUGUUGUCUAUUUGAUCGUCUCUUCCUCGUUCUUCACUAUCUUUUAUUUCGGAAUCAAAUGUUACAGAUGCAUCUCAAAACUAGUUCCUUCAAAUGAUUCCUACCGUACCAAACAACUUCAAUCUCAUUUGUUCUGGGCUCUAGUUACUCAGACAAUGAUUCCAGUUAUUCUAAUGCAUACUCCAGUUACUCUUGUCUAUGCAUUUGCACUAUUAGAUCAAGAUAUCGGAAUGCUCAGUGAUUUUGUUUCAAUGACGAUUGCAGCUUAUCCAGCACUUGAUCCAUUGCCAAGUCUUUUCAUCAUUCCAUGUUAUAGGAGAGCAUUGAAAAAUUAUUUGACUUGCUGCCCAAAGCCAAACGAAAGAGCUCAGGACAGUACUGUUACUGCACCGAGAACUGGGUCAAUUAUGAGUGUUGCUAAUGCAUAG